AUGGGUGUCGAAGUUCAGAGACUCUCCCCCGGUGACGGCCAAAACUUUCCCAAGGCGGGAGACACCGUUACCAUUCACUACGUUGGAACCCUCGCCGACGGCUCCCAAUUCGACAGCUCUCGCGACCGUGGCACCCCCUUUUCGACGCGCAUUGGUGUCGGCCGUGUUAUCAAGGGUUGGGAUGAGGGUGUUCCUCAGCUCAGUGUUGGCGAGAAGGCUAACCUGAUCUGCACUCCUGACUACGCAUACGGCGCUAGCGGCUUCCCUCCCGUUAUUCCUGCAAAUGCGACUCUCAAGUUCGAGGUCGAACUCAUCAAGAUCAACUAA